AUGUUGCGUGAUCUCCCGUCUGACCUGUGGGCGUCGCACUCUCAUGAUGUAGGUUUCUGCUUGAAAGCCACAGCAGUAACAUUUGAGGUGAGCAGCUCUGUGCCUGUGAACCGGUCACAAUACCCGAUCAAGCCACAGGCAAAAGGGGGUGUUGACAAGGCAGUUGAGGGACUGAAGAGAGCAGGGGUGUUAGAACCCUCACAAAGCCUUUGGAAUACUCCCAUACUUCCUGUAUCAAAAUCUAGCGGGGAGUACAGAAUGGCUCAUGAUUUGAGAACCAUUAAUGCUAUUACGACUACAGCUCUGAUACCAGUUCCUAACCCCUACACGGCUAUCUGUAAUGUCUCACCUGAACAUACAUGGUUCACCUGUAUUGACCUAGCCAACGCUUUCUUCUGCAUACCUCUGGCAGAGAGUAUGAGACCUAUUUUUUCUUUUACAAUAGGAGGGGAGAAACUACAAUACACAAGACUACCACAAGGCUUCAGUUUGUCUCCAGGAAUAUUCAACAAAGUGCUCAGGGAACAGCUAGAGGGCGUUACAUUGCCAGUGGGGGUAGUAUUAAUACAGUUUGUAGACGACCUUCUCAUCGCAGCACCUUCUGCAGCCUCUUGUUUGGAGGCCACCAGACACCUACUGGUGCACCUCCACACAUCAGGGUUCAAAGUCUCCAAGAAAAAGCUACAAUGCACCCGUAAAGAGGUGACAUUUUUGGGCAGAGUGAUUUCCCCAGCAGGCACGGGCAUGUCAGCAGCGCAUCAGGAACACAUUUUGAACCACCCGAAACCCAAGACAGUCAAAGACAUGUUGUCUUUUUUGGGCCUCACAGGCUACAGCAGACACUACAUCCCAGAGUAUAACCCAAGAACAGCUGAACUCAGAAAACUCAUCAACGAGAAAGGCAUGCGCAAUCUCACUGCCACACUAGACUGGACACAAGCGGCAGAAGCUGCGUUCAUUUCUCUCAAACAAUCCAUGUCCCAAGUCACGGCUCUCGCCGCUGCAUCCUAUGCAUUACCAUUCUUUCUUGAUGUUUCUGAAAAUGAAGACACAGUAAAUGGGAUUCUUUUUCAGAAAAAGGGGGGUUGUAGGACAAUAUUGAUGUAUGUCAGUGUUACACUGGACAGAGUGGAAAACAGAGAACCUCCCUGCAUGAGACACGCGGCAGGUACAGCACGUAUCUUAAACAAGAUUUCACACAUUGUGAUGGGCCAUCCUUUGACAGUACUGACAACACACAGCAUUGUCUCUUUUGUGAACUCAAGUGCAUUCACAAUGACUUCAACGAGACAAACAAGGCUGGAGAAAACUCUGACAAAGGCACACAUCACAUACACACACGAAGGAGUUAACAGCGCAAACACCAUAGGUAGCGGAGAGCCCCAUAGGUGUGAGGAAAGAAUCAUUCAAGAUGUGAAGCUAAGAAUAGAUCUCAGAGACGAGCCCAUCCCACAGGCAGAAAACCUGUUCACAGACGGCUGUUGUUUUAGACCACCCCCAAAACGGCUCCAAGCAGCCUAUGCCGUGGUAAAACAAAAACCUGAGGGAAACUUUGAGGAAGUAUCAGCUGGGGAAGUAACAGGGAAAGUAUCAGCACAGUUGGCAGAAGUAAUGGGAGUCAUUGCAGCAUUAGAGCUAUCAAAAGGAAAGGAUGUAAACAUCUACACUGAUUCAGCAUAUGUCCACGGCGUAAUUCACGUGGAAAUGCGACAAUGGUUGAGAGCAGGAUUUGUAACGUCCACAAAUACCCCCAUCAAACAUGAGAAAGAGAUCAAAAGGCUUGCAGAAGCAGUAAUGUUGCCCAACAAGUUAGCUUUACUUAAGUGUAAAGGUCACAACGCAGAAAACAACUACUUGGCUUGGGGUAACAAUGCAGCAGACAAAGCAGCUAAAGAGAAGGCAGGAUAUACACUAUGGUAUCAAAUGCUUGUCUUAAAAUCCGCUGACUUGCUGCCCGCAAUAACAGAUGAGACGCUUAAAGAAGCUCAAGAAGCGGGGUCUCCUCAAGACAAAAAACUAUGGUCAAACAGGGGAGCUACCAACAAAGAGGGGAUAUGGUACUCCCCAGAUGGGAGACCGGUUAUACCCCCAGAGUGGAUAAGAUCCAUGCUUAAAGAAGCACACGGCCCAACGCAUUGUGGUAAAACUCAGAUGAACAGGCACCUGACCCACUGGUGGCACCCAUACCUACCAGACAUGAUAGCAAAUCACCUAGAAGAGUGUGUAAUUUGCUUAACCCAUAACAUCAGAGCCACUGUGAAACCACACCAGGGAAAGUUUCCCUUACCUAAGAUGGCAGUAGUAGUAGAUGGAUACACAGGUUGGCCAGAAGCUAUCCCUUGCAGAAGAGAAGAUGCAGACUCAGUGAUCAAAUUCCUAGUCACGCAUUACAUUCCAUUACAUGGAUUUCCUAGGAAAGUGAGGUCAGACAAUGGCAGCCAUUUCAAGAAUCAUGACCUACGCACAGUAGAAGAGUCCCUAGGACUAAGACACAGUUUUGGAGCAGUUUAUCAUCCACAGUCUCAGGGAAAAGUGGAAAGGAUGAACCAGAACUUAAAACAAAAACUCAGCAAAGCAUGUGAAGAGACAGGCAUGAAAUGGUUAGACGCAUUGCCUCUGGCUCUUAUGUCAAUCAGGAGCUCCAUUAACAAAGGGACAGGUUUCUCUCCAUUUGAGCUCACUUAUGGUCACCAGUUCCCAGGUCCAGGAGCCCUAAGUGUAGGAAAGGAAGUAGAGGUUCUGAGUUCGAAACCAUACUUCCAGCAACUUAAGGGAUUAGUGGCAGAUUUUUCCACCCAGGUUGCAGAGGCAAAAGGGGGACCCGAGAAACACGAAGCGAACACUGCGGAGUUCGUCUGGCUGAAAGCGAUCAGACCCAAGUGGCUGAGACCCAGGUUCUCUGGACCCCAUCGGGUGAUGCAGAGGACAUCUCACGCUGUCCGCUUGGAAGGGAAAGGAGACAUCUGGUACCACUGGAAUCAGUGCGCAGUGGGGAAACCUCCGGGAAGGACCCUAGACGACAUCAUCACGGACGUGGUCCGCGCAGAGGAGGAGGAACCAGAGGACAACACUCCUAUCACCGACCCAGAAGUCGCCAUAAGCGGGCGGGCUGAAGAGGACGUCGAGGAACGGCCCUGAGGGAACGAGGCAGAGCGGGGUGGAUCAACGCUUCCAGAUGGCGUCUGUCUCCUCCACCGGAGGCUGGCGUGUGAAAGCUGUCAUCAUCCUCCUCGUGCUGGGCCUGCUGUACCUGUCCAAGGUAGCCCCGCGUGAUGAAGCUGUGACCAUUCCAACGACAGGUGGCCCAGACUCUGAGGGCAAAAUCACACCAACGGGCCAAUCAGUGCCUAGCGACAAAGACAGGUUGUUUCCAAUCACCACACUAACAUUCAGUACAAUGAGAGAGAGACACAGAGAGAGAAGAAGGAGGAAUGCCCCUCUCUCUGCUCACGAACCA